AUGUCUGAAUUAUAUGACUUUAGGCCAAUAUGUUUAGUUGGGUGCAUGUAUAAAGCUCUUUCCAAACUCUUAGCGGCAAGAUUAAAGAAAGUCUUAGAUAGUAUUGUGUCAAAGAGCCAGAGUGUUUUCGUCCCGAGUAGACAAUUGAUGGAUGGGGUUCUCGUUGUCAAUGAGGUUGUAGAUUAUGCAGCAAAGACGAAGAAAGGAAUUUUUCUUUUUAAAGUUAAUUUUGAAAAUGCAUACAAUACGGUAACUUGGAACAAUCUUAGAAACAUGUUGAAAAGGACGAGAUUUGGAGACUUAUGGCUCAAUUGGAUGGAAGCGAUGGUUUUUACUACUUGGACGUCGGUUUUGGUUAACGAAAGUCCCACCUUUGAUUUUGAGGUGGAAAAGGGUCUUAGACAAGGGGACCUGCUUUCCCCAUUUUUGUUUGCAUUAGUGGCAUAUGGCUUAUCAGGGUUAGUCAGGAAGGCUUCAGAGAUUGGGGAGUUCUCGAGAUUUAAGGUGGAAGAGAGUUGCAUUGCGGAUAUACUUCAAUACGUGGAUGAUACACUAUUGAUAGGGGAAGGAAAUUGGAGACACGUAUGGUCUCUUAAAGCUAUUUUAAGAGGUUUUGAGAUGGCGUCAGGGCUGCGUGUCAAUUUUCACAAGAGUAGGUUAAUCAGGAUUAAUAUUAGUAUUCACAUGUUUAUGGCUGCAUCUAAUUUCCUAUCGUGUAGGAUAGAAGAAAAGGCCUUUUCUUUUAUCGGGAUUCCCAUAGGCUCUAAUCCUAGAAGAAUUUCAACUGGAAACCGUUAUUGUCCAAGUUAA